AUGGUGUAUGUGGCAUGCUCGACUGUGACCGUAACGAAAUGCCAAGCAGCCCUUCGUACUCUACAAGCUUUCCCCUUCUUCAAGCCGACUUGUCUCUGUCGAGAGCCUCACGUGGAUCCCGACUGCAAUUCCUUCAGGGACUUCCUUUUCGAUCAUCCUUGCGUGUUCGUUAUGAAGAAAGAGAAAGAUCCUUAUCCCGUAGAUGCGCUGCCAACAUGUAAUCACGCCCUCUCGGUCUGCCAACAGGAACAUAAAUGUAUCAAACUGUACGAGGAUUUCAAAGCCAACUGCAAAGUGCGAGAUAACAGAUGUCGCAUGGACGACAGGGAUCUUUGUUACCAAGCGUGGACGAACCUCAGAAAAUCCCCGAUGUUCGGAUGUAUAUGUCCGAAUAAUCAGAUGAAAAAAAGAUGUGACCGUAUUUUCAGCAUGGUGAACCACAAUCCUUGCGUAGAUAGUGUAAGCAGCACCGGCACCAGCUCAAUCCUAGGCACAAACACAAGCGUAGUCGGCACAGUGUUUGACUCUCACUUGGUAGAAGGAUAUCUCGUCCCUUCUACGCCGACAUCUUCAGAGAUCGACGAAACGGAAAGUAUGGCUUCAGACAAUACGUCUGCCUCGUAUGCCGACGAUCUAGGCAAUGCCAUAGUCGAAAACCCGCUAGUGGACGCGGUUAAUGGUCAAGAGGCUCACGCUGGCUACGACCACGUAAGCGUGAGCGUCUUAAAGAACAAAGAGAAAUCUUCUAUGAGUCAUAAUGUCCACCGUCUUUACCCGGAAGAGGCCGAAAAUGCACUCGUAGAGCCUUCUGUUAUUCACCAAAAGUAUCCAA